AAAAGUAAUACAGAGGCUGACCUGAUUGUAGAAGACGUGAAGGUAUUUUCUAGUCAAGAAAGCGUAAAUGAUACAAAAGAAGAGGUGGCACAAGAACUAGAAAAGAUGCCAAGCAUUACAGCCAUGGUGACGAGCUCUAAAACUUUAGAAGAUGCACUAAAGCUCA